AUGGGUCUUGCCCGUCCUGCCGGGGGCCUAGCCUCUUUUCCCCCUUCUUAUUUUUUUUUUCUUUUGGUCUCUCAAGCCUCUUUUCCCAUUCUCGACCGCAACCUUGAACUUGUCCGCUUCAGCGUGGGGCUGCAAGGAUACGGCACUGGCGCUCCUCGUGAGCCCUCUGCGGCUUGUGGCAUUCAGCACGGACAGAGCGGACACGGAGCUCAGAUGCCUACGAAUUCCGGCUGGCGCCCCAUGAUCACUCGCACUCCUGAGCGCUCGAGGCGACCUCUCACGCCGGUAUUGCAUCAAGACAUGAUCCAGUUGGACUUGUUGCAAAUCCAACCACGAUUCGCCGUACUCGACGUGGUAGUACAAAUGUACGAGUACUACUAUCAACCGCAUCAGAGGAUCAAGUUUCCGAGCUUACAGCGGCCGCUCUAUUAA